CUGUUGCAACCUUUAAAGCUAUCCCCCAUGCCUCACAGCAGUACUGUAGCCUUUUCCUGUUAUUUUGGCCUUUUUGUGUUACGCACCACUCUGAGUUGUGAAGGGUCAACUCUUACCAUUCCCGUCCAGAGAAGCCACCGGGAGUUUGGAAGAGGGAGACGAGGACAGGAACACACAGAGAGAAGGGUGAGGUUUCCUAGGGACACAUUUCGAGGUUGCGCCUGCUCGAGAAUGGCUGAUACUCAGUCUCAGCCAGAGCCGCCGGCAUCGGUAGAGCUCAGUGGCGACUUCAAGAAGCCAGCCCUGCCAGGGUCCUCGGCAGUGCGGGGUAAGGCUUCGGCUGUCAGUCCUGCAAACCUCGGGGAGGUGAGGGAGGAAAGUCCCACGGCGCUGCCGGGUUCCGACUCUGGGGAACCCGAAGUUCCGCUGGUUCGGCCCGACGGCGGGGAGACUAGGAGUCUCCCAGAACAGCAGCUGCGCCCCGCGACUGUGGUUUCUAACCCAGAGGGCCCGGCCCGGACACCACCGUACCAAGAGCCUCCUUGGGGCGGCCCAGCCACCGCCUCCUACACCCUAGAGACUCUGAAGGGCGGCACUAUCCUUGGCACCCGUAGCUUGAAAGGAGCGAGUUACUGCCUUUUCGGGAGGCUGUCUAGCUGCGACGUAUGCCUGGAGCAUCCUUCGGUGUCGCGGUAUCACGCCGUGCUGCAGCACAGGGCGCCCCGCGGGGACGAAGAACGCGAAGGCCAGGGGCAGGGUUUCUACCUGUACGACCUGGGAAGUACCCAUGGCACGUUUCUCAACAAAACUCGCAUCCCACCCCGCACCUACUGUCGAGUCCACGUCGAACACGUUUUUCGCUUUGGAGGCAGCAGUCGACUCUUUAUCUUGCAGGGACCAGAAGACGACCGAGAGGCAGAAUCUGAGUUAACAGUCACACAGUUGAAGGAACUGCGCAAACAGCAGCAAAUGUUGUUGGAGAAGAAGAUGCUGGGGGAAGACUCAGAUGAAGAGGAAAUGGACGCCACGGAAAGGGAGGGGAAUACUAGUGGCCAAGAUGAUGACAUGGGCUGCAGCUGGGGAAUGGGUGAAGAUGCUGUAGAGGAUGAGGCUGAAGAGAAUCCCAUUGUGUUAGACUUUCAGCAGGAAAGGGAAGCCUUUUAUAUAAAGGAUCCAAAAAAGGCUCUCCAAGGUUUCUUUGACCGAGAAGGAGAAGAAUUAGAAUACGAAUUUGAUGAACAGGGACAUAGCACUUGGCUCUGCAGGGUGCGAUUACCGGUGGAUGAUUCAACUGGGAAACAACUGGUGGCAGAGGCCAUUCACUCAGGAAAGAAGAAGGAAGCAAUGAUCCAGUGUUCCCUGGAAGCUUGUCGGAUUCUUGACAGUUUGGGAUUGCUACGGCAGGAAGCAGUAUCUCGGAAAAGGAAAGCCAAGAACUGGGAAGAUGAAGAUUUUUAUGAUAGUGAUGAUGAUACAUUCCUUGAUCGCACUGGCCUGAUUGAGAAGAAGCGUCUGAACCGAAUGAAGAAGGCUGGGAAGAUUGAUGAGAAGCCAGAGACCUUUGAAUCACUGGUUGCAAAGUUAAAUGAUGCUGAAAAGGAACUUUCUGAAAUUUCUGAGAGGCUCAAGGCUUCAAGCAAAGCUCUCUCAGAGUCAGCCUCUCAGGAUUCAUUAGAUGUGUUCAUGUCAGAAAUUAAAUCGGGGAAUGCUUUAGAUGGUGUAUCCCGGAAGAAACUUCACCUGAGAACUUUCGAACUAAGGAAAGAACUACAGAGACUUAAGGGGUUAAUAAAAAUCGUAAAGCCAGCAGAGAUUCCUGAACUAAAAAAGACUGAAAGUCAGACUGCAGAUUCAGGAAACAAAGCUAAGAAGCUUACAUUACCUCUUUUUGGUGCCAUGAAAGGUGGAAGCAAAUUCAAAUUAAAAACUGGAACAGUAGGGAAGUUGCCUCCCAAGCGGCCAGAGCUCCCUCCAGCUCUAAUGAGAAUAAAGGAUGAGCCUGAAGUAGAAGAGGAGGAAGAAGAGGAAGAGGAAGAAGAAAAAGAAGCAGAAGAACAUGAAGAGAAAAUGGAGGAUGGAAGCAGUGGGCUGCUGCCAGGGACAGAGACAGAAGCAGCAGUGCAGGAAACAAGUGCACCCGCAGAACUCCCGCGGUCUGCGGAAACAGAAGGCCACAAAAACAUGCCUCAACUCAGCCAAGUAGAACAGAGUAAAGGUUAUCAAGAGACUAGUAUGACAGCUUCCUCACGAGAGAAACCCUCAGCAUCAGAGAAUGACUGUGAGAACAGCACCAAUGAAUUGAAGAAAAAGAAAGCUCCUGGUCCAGGCAAAUUUCUACCUACACUUUCUUCGAAAUACCCUGAGGAUGAUCCAGACUACUGUGUGUGGGUUCCACCUGAAGGUCAAAGUGGAGAUGGCAGGACCCAUCUUAAUGACAAGUAUGGCUAUUGAUUUCUUUAGACUCACAAGACAACCUGCGGACCAUGUACAUAAGAUAUUUUGGAUGCUAUGUCAAGUUGAGGCCAGAGAUGUUCAGAUGAUUGUUUGUAAAGUCGGGUGACUGGCCUUUUUUUCAUGCUCUUGGCUGCUUAAAUUUAUUCUCCUGAGGUUCUGGUAUUUAUGUUUGAAAGUGAUUGUGUGUAUAUGUAAAAAGGAAGCCACAUACUUUGAAAAUUAGAAGAGUGAGAUAUGUGACCCUCUUAUAAAAUGAGAAUACAAAAAAAUGUGUGUAUUGUCGAUUUAAGAUCAAGCCUCUGAUUAAGACUUAGGGACCGUGGGCUUGGGGUGGAAGUCUUGCCUAGCAUGUGUGAGAUACCCUGGGUUUGAUCACUGCAUCGAGAUAAAACACAAAGCAAAACCAAAACGGACCUGAGCACCGGGAUGCCUCUGGCAGUCAGGCUGUAGAAUUCACUGAUAUUGUAUGCUCAAAUAGCUGUUGAAAUAUAAAGAUCUGCCUUGGGUUUGA